AUGGAUGCUUCAUUGAAACGAAAACAUUCUCAAACUAAAAAUGUUGACGAUAUCAAAUUCAUAUACUCGGUAAAACCUGAUAAGAAAUGUAGCAGAAUUAUGGUGCAAAAUUAUGUUAAAGAAAGAAAAAGAAAAUCACAUUAUGUUAUGCCAUGUCUCGAAGUAAUUAAUACUAAUCUUGAUCAAUAUAUUGGACAAACAAAAAUAUCAAAACCCCCAAAUGGAUAUAAAUGCCCUAAAUGUUUAGCGACAAAUAGGCACUUAGUAAUUCAGUGCCCAUAUUAUGUUUGCUCGUCUUGUUUAGAAAAUGGUCAUCUACUUAAAGAUUGCCCACUUAUGAAUUGA